AUGGUUGGUAUAGAUGCAAAAAAUAAAAAUAUUCUUGAUCAGAAAUCUAAAUUCAAAUGUCCACAAUGUCAAAAAGAAAUACAAAGAAAUCAAGCAAUGAUUGAUAGAGGUUUUAAAAGUGAUAUGCUAUCUCUACCAAUCGAUUGUACUUUUUGUAAUUGGACUGGUGAUUUGAAUAGUUAUCAGAAUCAUUUAAAUCAAUCUCAUUCGAAACCCAUAUGUGAAUAUUGUAAAGAAGAAUUCAAUUCAGCUAAUAAUCUUAAUGAACAUAAACUAUUCCGAUGCAAACAAAUAACUACAGAUUGUUUGUUGAAAGACUACGGUUGUAAUGAACAAAUUCUUCGUUGUGAAAUGGCAAGUCAUUAUUUAUCUAAACAACAUCAAGAUUCUGUAAUCAAAGUUGUUCAUCAAAUGAAAUCACAAUUCUCAAGCACACAAAUGGACACUGAUAUUUCUCAAACAACAACUGCACAAGUAAAUAAUCGUAUUAUGGCUCAUCUUCAAGAGUUCUAUGAAACACUUAAUAUCCUGUGUGGUGGAAUAGAAACAUUGAAUGAUGAUGAACAACGAUUGAAUAAUGAAUCACUUCAAUAUCAAAUUAUAUUUCGAACAUUACUCGAAGAUUUUUCACGAGUUAAAUUAGCUGUAGAAGAAACAAACAGUUUUUUGGAAGGAUUCAAACUUAAUCAAGACAUCAUUCACCAAGAUGUAAUAUCACUCAAGCAAAAUAUCGAUGAUAUGCAAUAUAUAUCAUAUGAUGGAACAUUUAUUUGGAAAAUUACGGGUUUCAGAGAGAAAAUGAGAGACGCACAAUCUGAGCGACAAACUUCAAUUUAUUCUCCUCCAUUUUAUUCAUCACCAACUGGAUACAAAAUGCGAGCACGUCUAUAUCUUUAUGGUGAUGGAAACGCUCGUCGUACACAUAUUUCACUCUUUUUCGUUCUUAUGCGAGGCUUAAAUGAUGCAAUACUCAAAUUUCCAUUCAACUACAAAGUAACAUUUUGUUUGUAUGAUCAAACUUCUCAACAACGACAUAUCAUCGAUUCAUUUCGACCAGAUAUAAAAUCGAAUAGCUUUCAGCGACCAAAAUCACAAAUGAAUAUUGCAAGUGGCAUUCCAAAGUUUUGUCCAUUAGCAAUGAUUGAACAAGAAGACAAUCCAUAUAUUCGAGAUGAUACAAUGUUCAUCAAAAUUCUUAUUGAUUUCGGUGAUAUGCCCAAAACAUUGUUACCCUAUGCGUUAAGUCUUAAUCCAGGAAUACCAAUGCAUAUUCAACAAAUGAUGAUUAAGCAAGAGGCUGAAAGAAGAGCUCCAUAA